GAAGGGACAGAAUCCCACAGGGAUGGGAGAAUGGAGAGAUGGACAGGGAGGAAGGAGAAACAAAAGGGUCUGAGGUUCCUGGGUGGGGCCUGAACCCUGGGCUGAGCUCUGAUCUCACACCAGCCCCUCUCUUGGAGGGCAAAGGGAUGGAUGGCAGCUGGCAUGUCACCCCCCAACGCCGAUCCGCCAGCUUGGGGCCCAGUGGGGGUGCACUGGGCUCACCCACCCCAACGCUGACCACCAGAGAGAUGAGGGGAGUCUCUAUCAGAGCCAGGGGUCCUCCUGUCUGCUCAGCUGCCCCACAGACUGGCCUGGAAGUGUGCGUAUCGGUUCCAGCCCCUCGGACCCUUCCCUAUUGGGGGCCUCAGUUUCCCCACUACCAUGUGAGAGCCCAUUGGAGUCUGCGGCCAGGGUGGGUGGGCAGUGGUCAGCCCACUGCUGGGCCUCACCAGAGGCAUCCUUGGGUCCUGCACCGGGGGGCUGGGGGCUGACUUCCUGGACCUUAGGUGCCCUCCUGGGUAGCUUCCCGGGUGGAGGGUCUGUGGGUGGGGGGCUGCCAGGCCUGAGGGCCUCUGCAGAGGUGUCUGGAGCCCCAGGGCCCACCAGCUGCUGCAGACCCAACUCGAUCUUCUGGUCGGCUUGCUCCAGGGAAGCAUGGAUGGGGUCCUCCAGGGCAGCUGGGGUGGCAGCAUCUGUGGAAGAAGCCGGUUAGCGUGAAGGCCUGAGCACCUAGGGUGGUGGGCCACAUCUGUCAGGUAAGCACAGAGGCCCUGGAGGGGAGCAGAGCCCGGGCUGCCCUGGUCCCAUUCCAUCCACUCAGCAGCUCAGGAAGGCUGCCUGGAGGUGGAGGCCUUUGCAAAGGCAAGGAGGCCCCAAGACACCUGAUCAUGGGGAAAACACAGCUGUGGACAGCUGUCUCCUCCAACUGAUACCUGGGCACGGGGCCCGUGCCUCGCUGAGCCCCAGGCGAGCUCAGGGACCCCCUGGGACAGUCGGAGCCCCAGGCUGGCGCCCACCCACUCUUUGGCACACAGCCAGGCCUGGAUCCUCUGCCUCAGCCCCCAUCGCCAUCCAUCACCCCAAGCUGGCCGGAUUCCUACCCCACCCAGGGGCCUCUCCCUUCAGAUGGGGCUGUCAGCCCCCAGGUUCGGGAGGACCCCAGCCCCAUGCUCUAGAAAAGACAGGAACCAGCCGGCUGCCGAAUCAAGAUCUGGAGGAAUCGCUGGAGGAGGGCAUCAGGGAAAGCGGCAGCUGUGAGUCCCCCUUCCCAUCCUGCUGCAGGCUCAGGCCCUCCUCCCAGGCAGCCCUUGCCUCAUACCCCACCCCAUCCUGCAGCUUUCCCCUGCACACACUGCCUAGGGCCCAGCCUGCCCUCUUCUGCAAUCCACAGCCCUGCUUGGCCCUGCACGGCCUCCCACAUCCAUGGCUCCCACAACCACACUCUAUGCCAGAUGCACCAACACCUCCCAAUCCCCAGCAGAUAUCGGUUUAUUCAAACCCCUGCCUGGAACCCUCUCCUGCUCACACUCUCUGUCCUAUCCAUUCUUACGGGUCUCUAAGUCUCCACCCAUGUGGCACCUCCCCUUGGCUAGAGGGGUGACCCCUGGGCUUCUCUCCACCCUCGCAUUUGUCCUUGAAGAGAAAGAGCAUGCUGGGAGCCAGCCUCAAGACUAGAAAUGAGCCAUUCCCCCCCAUGAACUCUGGCUGAGAGUGCCCACCCGCCAGGGGCAUCUAGGUUUACUGCUGCAGAGCUGCUGGGUAAAUGCGAUCUCCAGUGGUGACAGAGUCAGUCAGAACCCCUGUAGGCUGAGCUCUGAGGACCCUAGGGGAGUGGGUGAAGGCAGGCAGCAGGUGCCCUGGGGUUGCUACCUCGCAGAGCCCCCCGUAUGUCCUGAGUGCUGCCGAGCAGUUGCUCCAGCACUGGCCAACUGUGCAAGGCUAAGACGGGAGCUGAGCCACCACCGUCUGUGCCCCUGUAACAAGUCAGACACCAGCUGGACUCAACUGCCCGCACCCAACCACCUGGAGCCCCAGCGGUGCCCACCCCCUUGGCAUGUCCUGGGGGUGGGCACAUGGAGUGCCCUGGGGGUGCCCACAAGGUCAGCCAACCUUCCAAGACUGACCUAAGAGCUCCAGGUGGCCGUGGACUACAGCAGGAGGGUCUGGUGGGACUAGAGAAAGGAAUGCCAAGUAUAGGGUGAGGCUCUGCCAUCCUACAGGGAGGGCAGGGUGUGUCAGCAUGCUCCUAGCAGGCACUGGACAAGACUGCAGUCCUCACAGCCAAGCCUGGGGGGCCCCUCCCACCCAUCACCAUUGCUGCUAGAACAGGGAGCAGCUGGGAUGGGGAGCAGCUGGGCCCAGGGAGCAAGAAAGAACCGAGCAAAGUCUGUAGAUGUCAACGGUUUAUUGAAAGUCAACUGGCUGGUGCUUCUCUCCCAGCCCCUUCACAUGUGCAGACCCUCAGGCGCACCUCCUGCAGACAGGGUGCCAGGAAGGGACAGCAGGAGCUGGGGCUCCCACUCAGGCCCAGGGCUAGGCCCUCCUUAUAGGCCAAGAAAGGCAUUCAUGAUGAAGGUCCAGGCUCUGGAGAAGGCUCUCCCUUCGGCAGCCCUACCAGGCCUGUGGGGUGCCCCUGCAGACCUGGGCGGGGUGGGGCUGGGCCUGGCUGCUGGGAUCGGGCCAAGCAAGAGCUGGGCCCACCACCCUGCCACGGUGGCUGCCAUUCCCUAACGGGGAGGGUCCAGGAGCAUGAAAGAAGUCCCCACUUGACAUGUGGAACCCUGGGGCUCCUGCCAGGUGGGGUCCCAUUGGCCUGGCCUGGAGGGUCCACUGAGGCAGCCCAGAGCAGAGUGUCAGGGGUCGUUCCGGGUCGGAGGGGCUUCGGCACAUUUCACGUUACAGGCGCUCGCUUGCACGUGUGUUCUGCUGAAAGCCAAGUCCUGUGAGGUAGGAAUGGCCUGGUGGAAAGGGGUAGGGACUUGAGUUCCGUGUCCUUGAGGAGAAAGGCAGAGCAAGUCCCCCAGGAGGGCUGGCUUCCCAGCCUCUCUCCUGGGCUUUGAACGUGUGGUAGCAUCAAAGGCAAGUUCGGGAGUUUCCCAGGUCUGGUGCUGGAGGUGGGACAGGUCCUAGCAGGGGCUGAGGGUGCCCGGCAGGUCCAGAGGGUAGAGCCCUGCAAGUACUCUGUGGCCUGGUUCCUCGCACCUGCCCCCAGAGACAGCCACGGCCACGGCCUCAGCUCUGGGAGGGGGCGUGGGCCUCGUCCGCAUCCGGUCGGAUGUGCAGGGUGACAGUCUCGCCCACUGUCCCGAAGCUGACUGUCUGGGUGGACACCUCUGUCUUGAAGCUGCCCUGGCCACUGUCCACAGAAUGCCGGACCCGGGUGCAAAAGGACUGGGCACCCACGGGCCCAGGCUGGACUUCCCGCACGUGCACGGAGACGCCGGCUGGGCCACUGGACCCAGGUGGCCCCGGGCUGCGGCCAAAGAAGCCAGGGGGGCCCCGGGUCACCGGCGGGCGCCCCACACUGAGCAGCACGGGCCGCCCCACGGUGGGCUCGCUGAUCUCAGUUUGCAGCAUGGACACCUCGCAGGGCGGGUCAUCGGAGGUGGGGGGCGCGGGACGGCCACAGCUGAAGGUCUCCCCUUCCCGGGGCACAUAAUCCUCCAGGUCUGCCAGGGUCAGCGCGCGGCCGUCGUGCGUGAGGAUUUUGGGGUCGCGCCCCCAGAGAUCCUCUCUGUCGUGGGGCUCCUCCACCACGCAGCCCUCUCCCCUGCCCUCCUCCACCUCGCUCUCCUCCACAACAGGGUCCUCUGGCAUCUCCUCGGCAGCUGGGCAAGGGGACAUCUGGCCUGUCCCCAGCUCGCAGCUGCCCCUGCCAGGCGUGGCCCAGUGCACAGUGCCCGCGGCAUCCACGUGGAGGACAAAGGGCUCGCCCACACAGACCUCUGGUGGGGACCCGGCCUGCAGCCAGGUGCCCCCCUCCCCGCCCCGGGCCAGCAGCUUGUUGUUGGAGUUGUUGGUGUUGGGGUCCCCUCCAGGGAUCACGCCACGCAGCCCCACCGAGCCGGGGGCCUCUCUGGCUGGAGAUGCCCCCCUCGGGCCCGUCUUCUUCAUGCAGACUUCAAUGGUCUCCUCGACCUCCACCCACUUGGGCUGGGCCUCCGGAGCAGCGUGCAGGACUGGAGAGCGGGCCUCGACCUCCGUCACAUACAGGGCAGGGACGGUGGGCUUCCGGCUCGGCUCUGCUGUGGACCGGGGUGGCUGGCUGGUUCCCGAGGGCCCAAGUGGCGAUCGGCACAGAGACCCAGCCACCUCACCCUGUCCCCAAACUGUCAGCACAUGCCAGGGCCAGCAAGGACAAUAAGGUUAGUGUCUGUGGGAGGGCUGAGUGCACGAGGGAGCUGCUUACACACACGCGUGGGCCUGGCCUGCAAACCCCCAGCCAGAGAACUGAAGCCACAAAGCCCUGUGUGGCCUGUCACAGGCUCUGCAAGUCUCAAAGGAGACUUGGCAUGCAGGGGAGGCUGUGCUGUAUUGCACAGGCACCUCCAAGCCCAGAUCCAUCAGCCUGCUGUGGAGAUACCAGCCCCUCGUUGCAGAGCUAAUGAAGAAGGGCUGUAACCAGCUAGAGACCCAAGAGAGAGCCCUCCUUGCCCCAUCCCACCCAGUGGGCUUUGUGCUUUAUUCAUGGAGUUGGGGCCAGGAGAGGAGGGGUUCCCUCAAAGGGCAGAGCGUUCAUGCCCCAGUAAACUUUGCUUAGCAACAGGCUGGACAGCUGGUAUCCCAAGUGCAUGCAAGCUCAGGCCAAGGAGGAUGAGGUCAGGAAAUCAGGAAAGGCUGCGGGAACCCGGACCUCUGCAUCUGGGAGUGAUCUAGGAGUGUGUGGAGUAGGGGUUGGGGGGUGGUUGUGAGGCCCGGGCAGGCACGAGCUAGAAACCAGCUCUGGGCCCGGCUUGGCAUCAUGGGCUGCCUCUCCCUUCCUGAGCCCUGUUUCCCUGUUGGCAAAAUGGGGAGUGGGAGGACAGGAAAGAACCUAACACUGGACACAGGUCGGCUGUGCACUGAGCACUCACCAGAGACUCUACCUAGCAGCCUCGGAGGAGUUCUGACCCACUUUUACAGAUGUGGACAAUGAGGCUCAAAAAGGAUCAGAAACGUGCCCGAAGUCAGCCAGCCCCGGUGCUCCUGUGCUGCCCUGCCUGCCUGUGAAACUGGAAGGAUCCGGAAGGGGAAAUGAGUAACGGGCAGGGACAGGGAUGCUCUGAGUGACACACAGUCCCUGCUCUCCUCAGCCCCAGGAACGGGUUUGCCCUCAGGCCUGGGCAGGGGACACCGGAUGGCCUAUGGUGACUGCAGGUCCCCAGCUGCCUUCUUUCCUGACAGCACUGCCUGUCUCUCUCCCAUUCAGCCUUGCUUUUGUCUGAUUCAGUGCUGGGUCCAGGAGCAGGAGCUCCUGGGCUCGGGCCAGGGAAGAGUAGCCACCUCUUGGCGAAGGACAGUUACAAAUCCUGCCCCCACUGGGCUGCAUCUGCAAGGGGGAAUAUUACACGCCCUUCGCUGGGGAGGAAGCAAGGUGCAGACUACCAGAUCCACCUUCUUGCCUUGCAGCCAGGCUCAGGGCACAGAGCCCACCCCAAAGUAAGGGCAAAUGGGCCAAGCCCUGUCUGCUGGUGUCAUUGCCCCAGGGAGCCACUGCCCGGGUUGAGUGGGGCUGGGAAGUGGAAACAGCAUGUGGAUGGGAUGGCCAGGUAACAGGGUCUCUCUCCAAGCCCAGCUCCAUCCCCUGUGUGUUCUUCCCUUGGCGGGAUGCUACGCCACCUCUACUGCCCCAUUUGCUCAUUCAUACACUAUGGAUAAUAGCAAUGGAUCUAACCCAUGGAUGAGACAUAGAUUGAUCUGUGUGAAGCACUGGCACAGUGGUCUACCUACAGGGUUGGGUGCUACCUGCUGCCCCAAGAAAUCCUGUCUGCUAUGGGGCUGCAAUGCAGGGACAGGAAGGAAGGGGUUAACCUGGCAUCCCAUCAAAUGUCUGAAGACAGAUUCUCCAGCAACCUGGUGAAGGACAGGCCCCUUAAGAAGGUUUUAGACCCACAGGGGAACCAAGAGGUCCCCAUCCUGGGGCUCACCCAUCACCUGAUUGUGGCAUCCCAAAUGUUUCCUGCCUUCUCACUUUUGCAAGCUCUCCCACCACGUCUGCCUCAAAACACCUCCUCUUGGAGGUCCUCCCAGAUACCUCAGGUCAAAAUGAAUUCUGACCCCAUGGGUUGUCCCAGCUCUGGUUUUCUGUUGCAGCUCAUCAUUAGUAACACAAGUGGCUUUUCCUCAGCCUUGAAGGCAGUUGAAGGAUGGAGAAAGGGACAGUGGGCAUGGCACUGGGAUUAUGGGCUCCCGGCUGACUUCUGAUGCUGCGCCACCCCGAGCAUCCCCACUCUCCUCUCUGAGCCUCCGUUUCUCCAUCUUCCCACUGCAAGGGGUGCACUUGGAGACUUCCAAAGGCCCUAGAAAUGUGCUGCUCACUAUUUAAGUUAAAUUAAAAUGCAACAAACUUAGAGUUCAUAUGACUCCCGGGGAUGAAUGUGGACCCGGCAUAGUGGGACUGAGAGUAUUUUCUUGACCAAAAAGGGGAUGCAAAAUGAGACGAAA